GCUUCAGCCAAUCAUAGAAGCCCCAGUGAGCUGAGCACGUGUCUUCAUCUCCUCGGCAGGGAAGCAUCUGACAGCCAGCUCAGUGUUUAUAAGAGCAAGAACGAUGUCCCAAUGUCCCGAGAAGAAGCAGAGGGGGAGGGGGAGAUCCCUGCUUUGCCCUGCACUGAUCACAAUCUGACAGCAGUCUCUCGAGGAUGGUGAUGGCUUUCCUGACCUCGAGGAGGACGAGGAGAUUGAUCAAUUUAACGAUGAUACAUUUGGAGCUGGAGCAAUUGAUGAUGACUGGCGGGAGGAACAUGAACGUCUGGCAGAGAUGGAAGAGAAGAUACCCUCUUCUCAACUUUUGGCCAGAAGUACUUCUCCCAUUCAUGACCCACUAGGAGAGCAACAAGAAGAAUUGGAACACAGUCUUAGUCAACUCGUGAAGGAGAUAGAAGAACCAUCUCUGCCUCGUGGGACACGGACUACGCUAUCAUCUGGUAUAAACUCGAGUAUAUGGGAUUCCUCCUCAGAUCUACGGCCUAUAAGAGGACCCUUACUGACAGAGGAUAUGAGCCCACUCUCUAUACUACACGAGUAUGGCUUAGCUCCCAUUCCUCCUUCAAACCGAGACAAUGGUGAACGAGAUGCCUCAGAGAGAGCUUUGCCUCGAAGAUCCACCUCUCCUGUUAUAGGCAGUCCACCUGUCAGAGCCGUGCCUAUUGGGACUCCCCCAAAACAUGUUGGCCCCAUAUUCAGUCAGCAGCAGGUUUUAUGCCCGAAUCCCAUUCACAUUCGAGCAGCCUCCAACCCUUUCAACAACCAUCCGGGUAACCCAGCAACGCUUUUGAGACACCCGUUCCCUUCUGCCUUGUCCCCACUUCAGCGGGCGCAGCUUAUAGGAGGAGCUCAGGCAGCAGCUGGUCAGUUGUCUCCCAGUCAGUUUGCUCGUACUGGUGGACUCCAUGGGCCUGUUAUGGCUAAUGUUACACCUAAACUUUUACAAGGACAUGUAGGGUCAAUGGUUGCACCAGGAGGUGGAGGGUUCCGUCCCUUUUUCGGUGUUCCCUCUGCAGCUGCUCCAGGAGCCCAUCUUAAGAACAUAAGACCUCAACAGAUGCCGUUCCGCCCAGAUACCACUCACCUGCACCCCCAGCACAGACGUCUUCUUCACCAGCGGCAGCAAAACCGCAACCAACACAGAGGUGUUAAUGGCUCCGGAGGGGAUCGCUCUUCAAGGCCUUCACAUACUGAUGUUCAUCGCCGUGACCCCUAUGCAGGGCUUAUGCUUCAACGAGAGAAGGAGUGGGUCUGCCGUAUCCAGCUUCUCCAGCUUCAGAGCACUGACCCCUACCAUGAUGACUUCUACUAUCAGAAUUACUUUGAGAAGCUCGAAAAGCUUUCUUCUAGUCAAGACAGGCCAAGUGAGGGUCCAAAGAAAGAAAGGACAAAACUAAUCACACCGCAGGUAGCCAAACUGGAGCAUACCUACAAACCAGUGCAGUUUGAAGGCUCCCUUGGGAAGCUGACAGUGUCUAGUGUGAACAACCCUCGAAAGAUGAUUGACGCUGUGGCAACUCAUCGCACUGAUGAAGAGGAAACUCGGGAGAAGCAAGUGCGUGACAAAAGACGGCAGACUCUUGUCGUCAUUGAAAAGGCAUUUUCUGUACUGUUAGAGCUGGAAGACUUUGAUCGCCGUUUUUCCCUCUGUUGUGAAGAUGACGAGCGGGAAGCACUGACUGAAGAACGCAGGCAAAAGCUGCAGCAUCUCUGUGACAUCCUCAAGGUUAAGGAAGGAAAUGAAAGAGUAGCUGAGGAACAGAUUGUCCAGAUCAUGUGCAUCAGAAAGGGAAAGCGCCUGGUGGCUAGGAUCUUACGUUUCAUACCUUUGCAGCCAUGCACUUCUUUGAUUUCCACUACAGCCCACAGUUUGCCGUUCCUCAUCAAGAAGGAUGUUCAAGAUCAGAUUCUGCCAUGUCUGGCAGCUCCAUGUGCCCAAGUGGUUAGCCAGCUGUCUGGAUCGGCUAUCACUUCCCUGCUACAGUGUCUCUGUGGAUCUGGUGUUACUUCCCCUCAACAGCAGCUUACAGUUGUCCUCCAGAACAAGCUCGGCCUGACCCUUCUUUGCCAGCUUCUUGACCGAGGGGAAGAGUUGAUGAGCUCUGAAUGUCCUACUGCACUGAACCAAUCUCUCUGGACCCCUCUGGUUGCACAAGUUGCUCAUUGCCUUUUGCAGAUCCAAGGAAACUUCCUACCCCAGACUAUCUGCUCCCCAUUUACAGCGCUGCUGCACUUUUCUCGGUACCUUGAUGAUCAGAGUCUCAGCCAACUGAAGUCAAAAUUCAGAUCAGCUCCUAGUCCAUGAAGAAAAUUGUACCUUGGACUCUCCACAGCCUCAAGCUCCCUUUCAAGUCUUCACUUUAAGGGUUUUAUGUGAGAUUUUAUUAUAUUCCCACAAGGUGAAUAUGAAGCAUUACAGUAAAGGGAAAAGGCCUGGUAAACCUGCAUUGCCAUCAACAGGCUGACACGGCUAAGCAGAUGCGAAACAGAAUAAAACCAGGCUGGAACCAAUACCAUUUCUUGUGUAGGAUUUUAAAGAAUGGCUCUGUGAGAUCCAUCAUUGCUCAUGUCACUGAAAGGAUCUUUCAGAUGAAUCAUGUUUAAUUUUUUUAUAUAUAUAAAUAUAUAUAUAGCGCUGUGUAAAUAAAUAUAAGAUAUUAUUAAAUCAGACUCUUAAUUGACCAUG